GCAGAAACUACUAGUAUAGUACGCGCUUCUAAGUGUAUACUGCGUUCAUUCUAAUCGUUUAGAUCAUUUAAUAUAUUAUAAUUUCGGGACAUUGUGUUAUUUAAACAAUCUGGAGCGUUUAAAAGAAAAGAAAAGAAAAAAAAACUCAAAACGCUGAAAGUAGACCGUGUAGCCAGCUGGAAAACGUUUAGGAUCUCAUGAUCCUUCAUCCUCAUCGUCCACCUCUUCAUCCACAUAAUCAUCAUCAAGCUUUUCUUUAGGAUGCAGGUGCUGAAAGACGCUCUUUUUUAUUCAAAUGUUAGAGCAGAUCCAGAUGGAGAGGCUGAUGAAGACAGGCAGCUUCUGAUCCAGGAACAAAAAGCUGGCCGAGCUCGAGCCCGUCAGUACUGCCUGGAAACGAACCGACGUAGAAAAGCACUUGAGGACAGAAAGAAGCGGCGGGACAUUCAGGAGCAAAGGCAGCGGGAGAACAUUCUCCAGCAGCGUAAGCAGAGAUUGCAGGAAGCUACAGAGCGUUUUCAGAGAUUUUACCUUCCUCCGACUCAAAAAAGAAGAUCAGCCUUAAGUGUAAGAGUACCUACCAUGGAUGAAGCACUCAAUCAUAUUCAGGGGAACCAAACCACUGAUCACUCUUCCUUCUUAUUCAACACCUCCACCAAUAGCAAGACUUGCACUCCCUCUCCUAAACCCCCAGGGGGCUCUAGAGCACCUCACAAUCUGCAUGCUGUUUCUGCAGCUCAGGCCUACUCAAAUCUCAUGCAGGAGAGAAAUCUGGGUGACUUUAAUACCAGCCAGCUCAUCAACCCACUACAAGAGAAUCUAGUGAAGGAUCAAGAACAACAUCAAGCACAGGAACACAUUGACACUCAAAUUAGCUAUGCGGUAAGCCUGUCUAGCCUGGACAGCCUGGAGAAUGAGGUACUUCAAUGUGGUCAUGGCAGUGAACCCGACAAUCUGCAGCCCUCAAAAGUCCAUGAUACUAGGAGGACUAUGUCACUGCAGAGGCAGCUAAAUCCAAUAAUUAACCAGUGUCUACCAAAUAGUUUCCUGGAGACUGUAUUAGGUCAGAAAGGUCUGCCUAGUUCAUCAUCUUCUACUUCCUUAUUACCUGUGGAAGAUGAGUUAGCAAAUGAGAUUCAAACUGUCCAGAAUUUCUUAAAAGCAGAAAAGCAGUACAAUAUAGGAGGCCAAUCCAAGUCUUCCAACAUCAAUGCUACCAUUGCUUGCCAAAAGCAGCUGUCAGAGUACCACUAUGGUACAACCACUCAGGAAAACAUACUGAGGGACAAAAGCACAGUGUCGACCAACUGCAAAGUUCCGACAGCCCCAGACAUAAUAUCUCUGGAAUACUCAGGCAUUCGUCAAAAGUCCAGCCCUGAUUCUGGUGAACUCUUAAAAUUCACCAAGCCUCUGUCAGAGGUGCAAGCUGCUCAGCAAACUAGCAAAAGUUUAUACAGCAUGGCUUCUGAUCUGAACAAAAUCUCUCCCAGUUUGGAGAACUCCACCUUAAAGCCAGCAGAAGCAGAGAAGUCUUUCCAGUCCACAAAGGGGAAACCAGAUGAAGAUGGUGCUGUUGUUCUAGAGAGGAGAAACCAAUGUGAGAGCUUUGAGAAAUAUAAGAGAGCAGAACGUCCAAACUUAGUCGAUAAAUACAGUAAUAGCAAACUGUCAAAUACCAUUUUGCCUAAGUCUUUAAAAAUGGUUGAGAACCCGGACCAAACAUCAGCUCACACUUUGACCAAUCAUAUUGACCUAAAAAAUGGCAAUGUCCAAUUCAUAAAAGGAAUCCUUAAGGAAAAAUACAAGUGUAAAGGGGAUGAAGAUGCCAAAUUCAGUUAUAUCCCAAGCCAUUUCACUUUCAGCAAACAAGUAGCCAUAAAUAUUAAGGACAGUCUGGAGAUCAGUCGCUCUAAAGGCAGGGGACCAGGUAUCAACAAGUGCACUUGUAAAAAACUUCGCUGGUUUGACGAGGUGAAUAGUGACGGAGAAGAAAAUAAAGAAAUAACCAAAAAAGAAUUAAGCAAGCAGGCAAAAAUUGAAAGCAGACAAACUCAACCAUCUCAACAGCCGGUAGUGGACCAGCAGCAAGGAUCAGUCUAUUCAUGGUAUAUGAACAAACCAUCAGGCAUACAAAAAAAAACUUCCGCUGACCCAACUGGCCCCAACACAACCAAACAAGCCUGGUCAGAUUUUGGAAAAAAGUUGGAACCUACAGUUGAAACCAAAAUGGAAAAAGCAGCUUUUAGCACUAAUGGAAAUUGGGUUCCCCAGCGGACACAGUCAGCCAAAAUUGGCUCUGGCAACUUUUCAUUCCAAGCCAGACGUGGUACCACGAUCAGGCCGCAAUCUUCCAGUCAGGUGCAAAAUAUAGUCAAAUCCCAAGGGAAGCUCUUGGUGCCUCAGCCUCCUCCAAAAUCUGAGGUAACUGGGGGAACCUCAAGUCAGGCCAUAAUGUACAACUCAAAAAAAGGCAAUAACGAUGCGUCUUCCCAAAGCAAAGCAUGUCUGGCAGUGGAGCGGGGUCUUUGUAAGGACUUUCCAAGUGAGCCUUUACCUCAGCAUGAAAGCAAUAUAUUGGCCCCAGUUCCACCCUCCUAUGUCUGCAUGUACGAAAACGUGUCUAAAGGCAUCUACACUGUCUGCCCCUCAAACAACUACAUGGGAAGUGGCAGAAAUGGAUUUCGCAAUGGUGUCUUGGAUUGUACACCAACUGAUGAGGAGAUCUCACAGCUAUGGCAUGGAGUGCGCAGUGCCUUAGCCAGCAAAGAUGGUGACACUCAAAGCAGUGGUGUCAAAGCAGUUGCAAAAAUGGGUGACUUUUUUCUGUCAUCUUCCAGUGUGAGGAGUCCAGAGAGAAGACCUGAAAAGAAUAUGUGGAAAAACAGAACUGCUGCAUCAAGUUACAGGAAACCCCCGGUUCUUUAUCAGGCUACAGUGCCAAUAGCUGUCUCCAAACCUGACCAUAUUGCCUAUGAUCAAGAUUCUGAUGUGAUAGAUGGUGACCAGCAGGUUGCUGUAGACUUGGAUCGGUUCCAAAAAGCUACUGAGAUCCGGCAGUCACAGCAAGGCCUGAGUGCUCUUUCCCUGGAAGAACAUCAACUUCUGCAAUCACUCGAAAGGCUCAACCACCGCCUGCAGUAUGUGCAAGAUGCUGCUGCAGGAAACACAACACUGAAGGGAAUCGUUGGCAUGAAACCCGCACAUAACCAGUCUCCCCAGCCUGGUGAGCGCUCAUGUGCCACCCUGCGCAGGUACCACGGUGUUUCAGCUGACAGCCACACCCACCCACACAGACGCUUCUGACUUCGCCUCCCAGAAUGCUUUUCUAUUCCAGUCUGUCCCUUUAACCCUUACUGACAAGCACUUUAUCGUUUUUACGCUCACUUGAAACCAGCAGGUAGUCAGUAUUGUGCCAACUAAAGCACAUUUUUUUUAAAGAUCUUUCUUAAUUAUAAAGUCGGUCAUAUUUGCAAUUUAUGUAAAGGAAUUAUUUGAAAUGUGGUUUGCUCUUCACUUAUCCAAUCUUAUUGUAUUUUUUACUUAUUUAUAUUUGGAAGUGUAUUUAUUUCAGAGCUAUCCGUUAAUACACUUUGAUUAAUGGUUUGAGCAUUAAUAAUGGGGGGAAAAAGGUCUAGGAAGUAGAAUUCUUAUGUAAUAAUAUAAUAGUUAGUGCCGAUAUAAUCAGGACAGGUUUUCGAAGAAGAGUAGAUACGCUUUGUAGAAAUGACCGUUGAGGUGGAAUUAGUCUAAACGAACCGACUCCACUUGCUCUACAGGGUGAGGGAGUGAAACCCAGCAAUGAAUUCACUGUUCCACCCUGAUACACCGCCCGUUCCCUCCCUCUUCAGUUUACACAACCGCAGUACUGUCCUAUUCCACACAAACACACACACAUACACUCCUAUAACUGUCUUUAAGGAGGGUUUCCAAUAAACCAUUUAAUACAGAGGUUUAAUAUGAAUCCCAAGUAAAAUCGUGUUUUCUUUUUUUUCUUUUUUUUUUUUACAGCAACCAAAUAUCCAUGUUUCUUUAUAUUCGUGUAAAGCA